CGGUUUCUUCUCAUCGGUGUGACACUUCUGGGUGCAAUCGGCGGGCUUUUCGUGGCCGCAGCUCUCACCACCGUGUCCGCUGCCCUGCUUGUGGCAUCCAGUAGAGCACUUCUCAGCCUCACCGCAGGUCUUCUUGCAAUCAGCGGAUCCGUGCUCGUGAUGGUGCAUGAGUGUGAUUUAUACGUGAAAGCCCUGACUGGUCAGUAUGGUUUGAAAGAGUCCUCAGUAGAAGAUGCGAUUCGCCAACUGCAGGAAAAGCUAAACCAAGAUAAAAUCAAGCUCCAACAGUUGUUUAAGGAGAAGUUAGUGUCUCCUAAGGCAUCAAAGAAGUCCGGCAAUAAGUCGUCUGCCUACAUCAAACAACUCAACGAACAGAUUCAAGAUCUCACCGAGGAUAUUGGUGAACUGGAGACAUGCCUUCUUAUAUUACGUCACAAGCUCCCCAAAGAAAUUCUCCGUGCAAUGAAAGACGAUGCUGCUUCCAAUGAGGAAGUCAUUGCCUCAAUCCAGAAAGCCUUGGAUAUAGAAAUUAGGGUGCGCAACGGAGCCGAAAGGCUUAGUCAAACUUACAAAGAUGGUCCCCGAAUUUACCUGGAGUCAGCGAAGAAACAAGUUGAGGUUGCUGAGGCCAAAAUUGGUUUUCUUAGGAAUCAGUUGGCGCGACUGAAACACGCCACUAUUGAAGACUCCUCCUCACUGUCGCCUUCGACCUUCACCGAGGAUGGUUCGACCCCCGCCGGCCGAGGGUUCCCUCCACCUGCACUCGCAGAAAUCGGCCGCUCCAACGGCGCGUACACUUGCGGUGUCAUUCCCUCGCAGUCAUGGCAACAGCAGGUUGCGGAACUUAAGUACAGGCUUCGCAUCGAACGUGCCGUCUACGAGGGCGCUGGAAAGGUCCUCAAUGCUUUCAUGGGCCCACAAAAAGGCGCCGAAAAAACCACCAAGCUCAAGAUACACGGCAGUUUUCGCGAGAGCAAGCUGCCCCCUGUGUCCGAACAGAAGGCCCAGGUGUUCGCGCGCGCGCGCGCGCGUGUGUGUGUGUGCGAAGUCACCAACCUCGAUCGAUCCCCCAUGCAAGGACCGGUCCUACCGUGUCUCCACGUUUAUCUGGUGCUCGCUCUCACGUUCUAA